AUGGCGAUGCCCCAAUCAAUCCACUACAUCGAUGCGAAAGCUCGUGUUGUUCGUGCUAUCAGCCGAAUCACUACAUUCGUGAAAGCUUCAGGCGAGUACAAUAACGAUCGGACAAAUAUAGGGAAACAAGCAAAAAUCAAACAAAUGCUUUCUGAAUUAAAGGAAAUUCGACGUUGUGUGAAUGAAGACAUUCAGAUAAUGGAAACCGCUGUAGGUCAAUGUACAGCACCUAUCGAUGUCACCGAUAAUAAGUGUAGUGGGACGUUAAUCAGUUCUUUUGAAGAUAUCUUUUAUGAGCUGGCUGCAUUUGCCGACAUUCAUCAAUUUCCACUGUCGCCAGUCUCAGAGAUGUCUCAAUCGUUUGCUUCGAGCACGGCUCAGCAAUCUGGUACUUUGGGAAAUUUGUCAUGCUUCCAGCUACCAAAACGCAAAUUUCCCACCUUUUCUGGAGUUAUUACGGAAUGGCAAGGGUUUGAAGAUUUGUUUAACUCCAUAUUGUCCCAUGCUCCAGACUUACCUAAUGUCGAAAAAUUCGAAUACCUGAAAACGUCUCUUCAAGGUGAAGCCUUAUCCCUGGUGGCCCAUUUACCAUUGACAUCAGCAAACUACUUGAGCGCCUGGGGAAUCCUAAAAUCACGAUACGGAAACAAACGCGACUUAGCCCGCAUUCAUUUCCAAGCUCUUCUAAAGAAGCAUGUCGUUAAAUCCACUGAUUCACAAUCCAUCAAAACGUUGCUAAACUUGAUUACGGAACAUACAGCAGCAUUAGACAACUUAGAUUUUGUUACUAGAUCGUGGAGUCCACUGUUAUUAUAUAUCUUUGAACAACAUUUAGACUAUGAGCUACGAUCUCGUUGGGAGCUAGCAGUGGGAGAUGAACAUUCCCCAAGUCUCUCCGAGUUUAUCGACUUCUUACGACAGCACAUGCGCUCUGCAGAAGUAUUUGUAACCUCGACCACGUCCGCUUACCACACUAAAGUUCCUAAAAAUCAGGACAACCUUCGUUCUGUUUCGUCGCACAAAAUACUUACCACAGCUACCAGUCUCUCAGCAACGGUUAAUUGUCCAUUAUGUAAAAACUCACAUUCAAUUCGAAAGUGCUCACGAUUCAAUGAAAAAACUCCUAAUGAACGGUUCCACCUUGCAAAAACGCAUCGGCUUUGUAUCAACUGUUUAGGAGCUGGUCAUGCAUCAGCAGCAUGUCAAUCUAAGUAUAAAUGUCAAGUUUGUAAUCGAUCCCAUCACUCGUUGUUGCAUUUUAGUUCUAACUCUGGAUCAAAUCAACAACAACUCAGACUCUUCAACUGCCUUAUCAAUGAUAUCGCUGCUGAUGGCCAUCGACAUUCCCUUCGGGCUCUUUUAGACAGUGGCUCACAAGCGAGUUUUAUUACUGAAGAAGCUGCAUCGUUGUUAAUGCUCCGACAAUUCUAUUCACCCGUGAACAUCACGACCUUUGCAAAUACAAACUCCACGCUUGUCAAAGGUAAAGCCACUAUAACUGUUUUCCCUUGUAAACAAUUAACACCGUCUGUGUGCGUUGAUACAUUAAUUGUUCCACAAAUUACUGGCCUUACACCUCAAACUCCAAUCACGAACGGAAAGUGGACUCAUAUUGAGAACCUUCCUUUGGCUGACCCGUCAUAUCAUCUCCCUGGACAGAUUGACUUGCUCUUAGGAGCUGAUAUGUUCCCAUCUCUGGUGUUGACUGGCCAACGCAGAGGUCAAACUGGUGAACCAAUGGCAAUGGAAACAAUAUUUGGUUGGGUACUGGUUGGCCCAAUUCAAUCUCCUCCGUCUGCCUCACUAAAUUCAUUCUGCAUAUCUGUCUUUGAAACUCUCGACAAAAAUCUAAAAAAAUUUUGGGAACUCGAGGAACUCCAAACAACUCAGCACCUUAGUAAAGAUGAAUCUACUGCAGAGAAGUUUUAUCAACAAACUACAACUCGCCUUGCGUCAGGGCGGUUCAUGGUGAAACUCCCAUUCAAAUCACCACUUCCUUUGUUAGGCGAUUCGAAAACUAUGGCUCUUCAAAGGUAUAGAUCAUUGGAGAGUAAACUAAAUCGAGAUCAAAGUCUUCGCCAACAAUAUAUUGACUUUAUGCAAGACUAUCUCUCUAGCAACCACAUGGAACUUGUUCCUAUCGAAGAUCAAGAUACUCCCUAUAACUACUACAUCCCUCACCAUUGUGUACUUCGGCCAGAUAGCCUAACAACCAAAUUGCGUGUUGUAUUUAACGCCUCUGCGCAAACACCUACGGGAUCAUCUUUAAAUGAUCACUUAUAUACAGGUCCCAAACUACAACCCGAUAUCCAAGUCGUUCUGCUACGCGCUCGACUCUGGAAAUAUCUGUUUAUGGCUGACGUAAAACAGAUGUAUCGUCAGAUUAUCGUGGACCCUCCUGAUCGAAAUUAUUUAAGGAUUUUUUGGCGAUUCACUGUAGAUUCUCCUAUUGAAGAAUAUCGGUUAUGUACAGUCACGUACGGUACUUCUGCAGCUCCAUACCAAGCUCUUCGGACUGUUCGAGAAUUGGCUACUGUUGAUGGACCUACAUUUCCAGUCGCUGCUGAAGUGCUGCUACACGACACAUUCGUUGAUGAUGUUAUUACUGGUGCGAAUACCGAAGAAGCUGCUCUUGAGUGUCAAAGCCAACUAAUUAACCUAUGUGGACGUGCCAAAUUCGAAUUACGGAAAUGGGCUAGUAACAACACCAAGGUUAUUCAAGCCGUACCAAGUGUUGCACGUGCCAUGUCCCCAUCGUUGUUGUUCACUUCAGCCGAUCAUGCAGAAUUAAAUGUAUUGGGAUUAAAAUGGGAUCCUUCUGCGGAUAUAUUUUCGUUUCAUACGCAACCUUCAUCAAAAAAUCCCACCAAAAGAUCAGUUCUGUCAGACCUUGCUCGAACGUUUGACCCAUUAGGAUUGCUCUCACCGACUACAUUCUGGAUCAAGCACUUUAUGCAGUGUUUAUGGAUUUCCGGGAUAAAGUGGGACGAUCCCUUACCAACCGACCUGUCUCUUCUCUGGAACAGAUAUCAUUCAGAACUUCAUUUAGUGAACACAAUUAUUAUUCCUCGUCGCAUUACUGACGAUGGUGCGAUUUCAGUCCAUCUGCAUGCGUUUUCGGAUAGUUCUCAAAAGGGAUACGCUGCAUCAGUGUACCUCCGUGUUGAAACUGCUACGUCCGUCCGUUGUCACCUCAUUACAGGAAAGACCAGAGUCGCACCUCUCAAACACGUUACCAUUCCCCGUCUGGAAUUAUGUGGAGCAGUUCUAGCAGCACAACUCCUUCGUUACACUGUCACCGCAUUUCAAGAUCGAAUACAUGUCGACACAUUGACUGCGUGGACUGACUCCACCACAGCCCUUGCAUGGAUUCGUUCGUCACCACAUAGAUGGACGACCUUUGUUGCAAAUCGCACAAGUCAAAUUCAAGAGUUGACCCCUCCAUCUAUUUGGAGGCACGUUCCCACUCUCUGCAAUCCAGCUGACUGUGCAUCUCGUGGAUUAUAUCCAUCAGACCUCGUGAACCAUGCCCUUUGGUGGACUGGACCUCCAUUCUUACUGAAACCCCCAGACCAAUGGCCAGCUUCCCUCGACGCUUCUCAGGAUGCCAUCGAUAUACUACCUGAUAAUGAAAUCCGGAAAUCUGCUGUAGUGUCUCUGACCGUUAGAUCUUCUGCUACGCAGUUACUUGAUCGUUUCUCAUCAUUAGACAAAAUUGUUAGAAUCGUUGCAUACUGUUUACGUGUAAAACCUGGUAAAAAACCGAAACAACAAUCCACAACACUUCUGAACGCCGAAGAACUUCAUCACGCUUUGCUUGCACUUAUCUUGUCUGUCCAACGAUCUGUAUAUCACGACGAUAUCGCAUUGAUAACCAAGAAUUCGCCUUGUUCAAAACCACUACGUAAAUUGGAUGCAUUUAUUGAUUCCGCUGGAUUUCUCAGAGUGGGCGGUCGCCUUCAAAACUCUGAUCUUCCAUAUGAACGCAAACAUCCGCUCCUCAUACCGUCACAUCAUCGAUUAACAGAGUUGAUUAUCGACCACAAUCAUUGUAAAUUGAAACACCCCGGCCCGUCUGCUCUUCAAACUCAUUUACAACGUCUCUUUUGGAUUCAGUCAGCCCGGCGAGUCAUCCGUUCACGCUUGCGUCUGUGCAUUCCAUGUUUUCGGACCAGACCGCAAUCCGUUCAACCGAAGAUGGCUGCGCUCCCAAAGUAUCGCGUCCAGCAGGUUAAACCCUUCGCCAUCACCGGUGUAGAUUAUGCUGGACCGAUUACUAUAAAAAGUCAUCGAGGCCGGAAUUCACGUUCCGAACUGGCUUAUAUCUGUUUGUUUGUCUGCACAAACACGAAAGCGAUUCAUUUAGAGUUGAGUUCAGAUCUGUCAACAGAAACGUUCCUAUUGGCUCUCACACGGUUCACUUCACGUCGUGGUCCGGUAAGCGAGAUCCACAGUGAUAAUGGAACGAAUUUUGUUGGAGCAUCGCGCCUCUUGAACCCGAUACAAACAUUGACCAAUUCAAAACCAUUUCAAACUCGUGUGCACUCUCAUCUAGCAACUUCCAACAUCCAAUGGCAUUUCAACCCUCCUUCAUCUCCGCAUUUUGGAGGAUUGUGGGAAGCUGGGGUGAAAUCUACCAAAUCACUAAUCCUCCGAUCUAUUGGACUCCACAAGCUGGUGGCUGAAGAGUUUAUGACGCUGUUGACUCAAAUUGAAGCUACGCUCAAUUCACGGCCACUGUGUGCUUUAACAAAUGACACAUCCAAUUUUGACGCUCUUACACCCAGUCACUUCUUGACCUUGGAACCAUCUACGUCUCUUCCAGAGCCUAACUUAGAAAACGUCCCUAUGUCAAAAUUGAACCGUUGGCGUCUCAUAUCAGAUAUUCAUAAGCACUUCUGGACUCGAUGGAAGAACGAGUAUCUUACCACACUUCAAGUUAGAUCAAAAUGGUUCACGGAUUCGAAAAGUUUGAGUGUUGGCGAACUUGUUCUUAUUCGAGAAGCCACACAUCCGCUGCAAUGGUCCAUAGGAAGAAUUCGUCAACUGCAUCCAGGAUCAGACGGAAUAGCGCGAAUUGCAACAGUGGAUACUGCCACCGGAUCCUUUGUUCGCCCAGCU